AUGUCAACCCCCACUCCAAACGGCCGAUUCUCCAGGGUCUUCAGCGAAUCCGACGAAAUCCGGAUCCUCGUCUUCCUCAUCAGAACCACCAAAUCCAUUUCUCCGCCUCCCAUCGGAACCCCAACAAUCAACCGCAUCAUCGAGCGUCUCAACCACAGGUUCACUCCUUCCCAAAUCAACGACAAGCUCCGUAGGCUGAGAGACAAGUACCGCAAGCAUGUCAAAAACAGGCACCUCGUUAAAACCCAUCACGACCGAAGAGUGUUCAAGCUUUCCAGAAGAAUCUGGGGCGAGAAAAAAUCCCCGAAGAACAAGACUGAGAAGGGUGCGGAAACAGUGGAAAGUGGAAAGGGGGAGGGGGAGGGGAUUUUGGAGAAAUACCCUUACUUGGUGGCUGAGUUUUCGAGGGCUUUGCCUGACAAUGAGGUGUGGAAGGAGAGAUUGAAAGGGUUGGAUGAGAUGAAGUUGAGGAAGAUGGAUCAAGAGUGGGUGCAUCUGAAGGUUGAUGAAGCUAAGUUGGUGGCUAAGAAGGCUGUGUUAGUGAAGCAACAUAUAAUGGAGAUUAUUGGGGAAUGA